AUGUCUACAAAUCCUGCCGACGAGGUGGCCGCGAAGAAACGAGCUGAAUGGGAGAAGAACCCUAUACAUAUUGAGCAACUGGACGCAAGCGUGAUGGCUGCAAUACCAAAGGAUGUGAAGAUACUAUCGAUUACACAGUCCGGCGAAAGCGCCUGGUGCGAGAGUUUCCGCAUCGAUGCAAACCUACUAGAUGGCUCGGAAAGGCAGUACUUCGUCAAGAUCAAAACAGGCGAACUAGGAAAGCGAAUGAUGCAAGGUACCUACGAAUCCGAACUACUUUAUCACUCUUACUGCCCCGAACAUGUUCCAACACCAAUUGCCUGGGGAGCCUAUAAAGACCACCCGGACACAUGGUUCUACAUCUGCGACUUCCACGACAUGGCGAUGGAGAAACUGGAUCCAAGUGCCUUUGUCGACAUCAUUACUGGGGUGCACAAAGCAAGUAUGGGAAAAUCAUCGCUCGGCAAAUACGGAUUCCACAUUCCAACUCACCUUGCUCACGUACCGAACGACAACACAUGGGAAGAUUCGUGGGAAGUCUGGUAUAGUAGAGCCAUGCAGACCAUGUAUGAUUUAGAGAAGAGCAGAUACGGGAUAGACAAAGAAUUAGAAGUCAUCUUCGAAGCUCUCUGUUCUAAGGUCAUACCCAGGUUGCUCCGCCCUCUGGAAUCCGGCGGUCGCUCGAUUGAACCAUGCCUCUUGCAUUCGGAUCUCUGGCCUGGAAACUGUAUGCUGGAGAAAGAGACUGGUAAGAUCAUUAUCUUUGACUCAUGUGCUUUCUGGGGUCAUAACGAGUGUGACUUGGGUAGCUGGCGUGCUCCGCGGUACAAUAUGGGCGAGGAGUUCUUUACGUGCUAUAAGGAUGUCAUGAAGCCUUCGCAGCCAGAGGAAGAUUGGGACGACCGUAACAGACUUUACGCCAUUCGCUAUGAUCUCUUGGUCUCUGCGCUUUAUCCCAACAGGCCCGAGUUUCACGAUAGGGCCAAAGCUGAGACGAGAGGGCUCGUUAAGAAGUUCCCUGGCGGCUUCGAAGACUGGGAAGCCCGACAAGUGUUUUCACCACGCGACCUGUAG